UUCUCUACCAACAGAAUUGCUGCCAUGGCAACUCAAGUGCUGGGACAGUCUGGUGGGAACAGCCUCUUUCCUGGCAGUGCUAACAUCGGUAUGGCGUUGUCCAACGACAUGUAUGACUUACACGACCUCUCUAAAGCUGAGCUGGCAGCUCCUCAGCUCAUUAUGUUGGCAAAUGUGGCCUUGACGGGAGAAGUUAAUGGCAACUGCUGUGAUUACCUGGUGGGAGAGGAGAGGCAAAUGGCAGAACUGACAACGGUGGGGGACAGCAACUUCUCAGACAGCGAUGGAGAGGGUAUGGAAGAUGCCCAGGCUGCAGAGAGCGAUCGCGAGGCAUCUGAAAACGCGGAAUUAAGUUCUCUUGAAGUACCUGGUGUGGAAAGCCAGAGUCCAGCUGCUUGCGCCCCUCCUAAGACUCCCAGCGUGGAUAAAGAUGUCUCACUGGAAGCACCAGGUACUCCAGAAAGCACAGAGGACAAGUGUAAGAGCUUGAAGAGCAAGCCGUUUCGUUGUAAGCCUUGCCAGUACGAGGCAGAGUCUGAAGAGGAGUUUGUGCAUCAUAUCAGGGUUCACAGCGCUAAGAAGUUCUUUGUGGAAGAAAACGCAGAAAAGCAAGCCCAGGUGAAGGAGUCUGAUUCUUGCACUGCAGAAGAGGUGGAUUUCUCUAAGGGCCCGAUCCGUUGUGAUCGCUGUGGCUAUAACACUAACAGAUACGAUCACUAUCUGGCUCACUUGAAGCACCACAACAAAGCAGGGGAAAAUGAGAGAGUCUAUAAGUGUACCAUAUGCACUUACACUACCGUCAGCGAAUAUCACUGGAAGAAACACUUAAGAAAUCAUUUUCCCAGGAAAGUGUAUACCUGCUCACAGUGCUCCUAUUUUUCAGACAGGAAGAACAAUUAUAUUCAACAUAUUCGAACUCACACAGGAGAACGACCCUAUCAAUGUGCUAUGUGUCCUUAUUCCAGCUCUCAGAAGACCCAUUUAACCAGGCACAUGCGCACCCACUCAGGUGAGAAGCCAUUCAAAUGUGAUCAGUGCAGCUAUGUGGCCUCAAACCAGCAUGAAGUAACUCGUCACGCGAGGCAGGUUCACAACGGGCCGAAGCCUCUGACUUGCCCGCACUGUGACUACAAAACGGCUGACCGCAGCAAUUUCAAAAAGCACGUUGAGCUCCACGUCAAUCCGCGCCAGUUUCUCUGUCCUGUUUGUGAUUAUGCAGCGUCUAAAAAAUGUAACCUGCAGUAUCACAUCAAAUCCAGGCAUCCUGAUUGUUCUGACAUCACCAUGGAUGUUUCGAAGGUGAAGCUACGGACUAAAAAGAGCGAAGCUGACUUUUCUGAAAGCACUAAUGACAAAGCAGAGAAGGACCAAACAAAAGGGGAUUCAGCUGCAAAGAAAACGGAGAAAAUUGUGCAAGUGGAGAAAAAAGACAGUUCAGCAAAGGAAAGGAAGCCAACGAGCAGUGUUUCUGCGGGCCAGGUGACAACCAGAAGUCGGAAAUCAGCUUCAGAAAACAAGGUGGUAGAUAUUAAAACUGAGAAAAAUGCUGACAGAACAUGUAAAACAAAGAAGAUCAAAAGAAAGGCAGAGGCUGAAGUAGCUUCCUCAAAGCAAGAGCCUGCAAAUGAUACCUCAGCAGUAACGAAAAAGAAAAAGAAAGCGGAAACUAAACCCAGAGACUGCCAGGAAGCUCAGAAGAGUGACGUUGUACCAGAGGAGGAGCCUAAAAAGCAAAAUCCUUGCCUCAAGAAAAACAGAAAGAAGAAAGCUGUGAAAAAUAAGCACAGUAAGAAAAACAGUAAACUCGAUCAGGAGAAAAUCGAGGACGAGGAGAUGCCAGAUGAGUGUCCUAACGCCGAAGAGGAAGGAUGCGUGAAGCCUGACACUGCGGGCAGCGACCAGGAGGAGCAAGAUCCCACCGACAGGGUGGCAUUAAACAAUGACGGUGGCCACGCUCUCAAGAAAGAGAGCACCGAUCCCAAAGGAAGCUGCAUUCCAGACCCAGGGCAGCUUGACCUGCCAGCUGGGGAUGAAAACAGGGAAGCUGAGGCAGAGGACCAGGAAAUGCCAGCUGCAGCAGCAGGAAAGAGCGAAGACGCUGUUGGUGAAAAAGAGGAGAGAAAGGUGGACCAAGGGGAAGACGCUUGCUCUGAGGAAUCUUCCCGUGCAGUGUCUUCUGAAAAAAGCUUGGAUGUGCCCAUGGAUGUGGUACCAGAUGUGGUGCCCGAGAAGGAGCUGGAGGAAACCUGUGUGGCAGAAACUGUGAGUAACUCAGACCCAACGGACCUGACUAAGACAUGCCUUCCAGCAACAGAGCCAACAAGAGAUGCUGUGCCGACACCCGUGCCCCCAGAGGGGUGUGCGCAAAGCCCUAAGGUGUCUCUGGCCUUAUCGUCUUCAGCAGUGACUGAAUCUCAGGAAAUGGAUGAGGAUGAGGGCAUCCACAGCCACGAAGGCAGUGACAUAAGUGACAACAUAUCGGAAGGAAGCGAUGACUCGGGGUUAAAUGGCACUCGCUCCGUACAAGAGGAAACAAGUCCAAAGACGUCACAAGGAGCUGCAGACACCACUGUGGCCAGGGAGAACUAUGUGUGCAUUUUUUGUGACCGCUCAUUUACGAAGGAAGGUGAAUACAGCAAGCACCUCAAUCGCCACUUAGUCAACGUGUAUUACCUUGAGAAGGCAACAAAAGGGCAGGAGUAG